AUGCCAAUUUACAACAAAUACGUCGAACUUGGACGCGUCGUCUUCAUCGCCAAGGGCAAAGACCAAGGAAAGCUCGCCGUUAUCGUUGAUGUCGUCGAUGGUAACAAAGUAAGUUUUAUUAUUAUUGUUUCUGUGUUUAGGUAUAAAACGAAGGAAAAAUUGUAAACUUAUAUCGUUAACUUUCGUCUUGAAUAUUUUUAAAAUUAUUUUAUGUUAUACUAAAGGAUCUUAAAUUUGCAGUUCGUUUUAAUUGAGAGACUUCUAAAUUGUGUAUGUUUUGAGUAAAUUAUAUUUCUUUAGGCUUUGCUCGAUGGUCCAUCAUCAGGAGUAGUCCGUGGAGUCAGAAACUUCAAAGAUCUCCAUCUCACGAAAUUCAGAGUUCCAGUUCGUGUUGGACAACGCACUAAGGGAGUCAAGGCCGCUUUCGAUGAAGCCAAUAUCAACGAGAAGUGGGCUGAGACCAACUGGGCACAAAAACUCCAAAAGAGACAAGUUGUAAGUUAACUAAACAUUAUCUUAUACAUGUUUUACUUUUUGCCAAGGAUAGAAGGAGGAUUUAUAUUUGAAUACGUAUCCAUUGAAAUGCUACUAUCUUUUGCUUGUUUUUUAUUAAUAGUUUUUAUCUUACAUUGUUUAAUUUGAUCAUUUUUCAGCGUGCCGGUUUGAAUGACUUCGAACGCUUCAAGGUUUCCCGUGUAAAGCAACUCAGAAACAGAGCCAUCCGUUUGGAAUUGGGAAAAUUAAGAAAGGCCGCCGGAAAGCAGUAA